GGCGGGAAGUUCGUACUGGGCAGGAGGCGAGCGGUCUGCGGCUUAGGUGAAAAUGCCUCGUGUAAAAGCAGCUCAAGCUGGAAGACAGGGCCCUGCAAGGAGAUGUCUUGCAGAACAGUUUGCAGCUGGGGAGAUAAUAACUGACAUGGCAAAAGAAGAAUGGAAACUUGGAUUACCCAUUGGCCAAGGUGGCUUUGGUUGUAUUUAUCUUGCUGAUAAGAAUUCUUCAAAAUCGGUUGGCAGUGAUGCACCCUGUGUUGUAAAAGUGGAACCCAGUGACAAUGGACCCCUUUUUACUGAAUUAAAGUUCUACCAACGAGCUGCUAAACCAGAACAAAUUCAGAAAUGGAUUCGUGCCCAUAAAUUGAAGUAUCUGGGUGUUCCUAAGUAUUGGGGGUCUGGUCUGCAUGAUAAAAAUGGAAAAAGUUACAUUUACUUGAUAGAUUAUGGCCUUGCUUAUCAGUAUUGCCCAGAAGGAGUUCAUAAAGAGUACAAAGAGGAUCCCAAAAGAUGUCAUGAUGGCACUAUUGCAUUCACAAGCAUUGAUGUGCACAAUGAUGUGGCCCCCUCAAGACCUGGUGAUUUGGAAAUACUUGGUUACUGCAUGAUCCAGUGGUUCAGUGGCCAUCUUCCUUGGGAGGAUAAUUUGAAAGAUUCUAACUAUGUUAGAGAUUCCAAAAUUAGAUACAGAGAAAAUAUUGCAAGUUUGAUGGACAAAUGCUUCCCUGAGAAAAACAAGCCAGGUGAAAUUGCUAAAUACAUGGAAACAGUGAAGUUACUGGACUAUACUGAAAAACCUCUUUAUCAAAAUUUACGAGAUAUUCUUUUGCAAGGACUUAAAGCUAUAGGAAGUCGGGAUGAUGACAAACUGGAACUCAGCGUUGUGGAAAAUGGAGGCUUGAAAGCAAAAACAGCAACAAGGGUGAAUUUUGUUAUUAAAUUACUCUUAGGGCUUCUUCUGGUUUAAAUUGUAACAAAUCUUAAAAAAGGUGAAAUAGUAGCUCAGUGAAGAAAAUAACGUGACUUGUCAGUUAAAUAUCACCUCUCUGUAAAGGCAGUUUCUUUUGAUGG